AUGCCAACAGGUGACUUUUUCAUGUCCCGACUGUCGUGGACGGAUUCUGGCCAUUCCUAUGACACGCUAGUAAAUCUUUCGUCAGCAUCACAUGUUGCCUACACAUUCAAAAUGGUCACACCCUUGUGGGUUGGUUUAGGAGCAUCAAGUGUAACGGGCGGAUUCGGGGAUGUGGCCUUGACAGCUAGUCCUAGUGGAACCACGCAAGCUAUUGCUCAAGAAAUCACUUUUACAUUGACAGGAAGUAACGGACUAACAAAAAUCCUUUUAGGCGAGCUCUCUGUUUCGACAGUAGGACAAACAAGAACACUUUGUAACAGAGGAUGUAUGAUUCCAAAAAAAGAAGCAUACUUCGGUACCCAUCCCCCGAUCACAUAUUUUAACAAUCAUCUCCAAGCUACAGUUAAGAUGCGUGUUGUGAAAUUUAUAAAUUCUGCUGACUUGACUUGGAAGUUCAUUGUGAGGAAAUGCGUUGCAGGCGACCUCGCUCGAUGUGCAGAUCCCACGGAAUCCGAUUGCGAUUUUAGCCGACGAAGACGAGCAGUUGAACAAGUGGCAGACAACUCCACCGAAACGGUCAACUACGGGAUCACUGUGGUGGAAUCCCUCCAGAACUACGAAGACAAGCGUCAUUCGGAAUGUGUGACGACCAGCACGAUGACAGCUGCAGUGGUUGCCAUGGCAGUGGUAUGUUUCAUCCUCCUCGUCAUCUGUCUGGUGUUUAUUGUCCACGUGUUGUCCAGACGCAACAGAUCAGACAGCAAAGAGAAUCUGUCUUAAGCAGCUCCACGGAACAUGACGACCACCACACAAAGCAACUCGUCUUUUUACGUAUACAUAAUCAGAAAACAAUAUAUUAUUGUAACUUUUUGCUUGCUUUCGCAGAAUUAUAUUUUGAAUUCAAUAGGUAUGCUUGGUACUCUGAUGAAAUGUAACUAGAAUGUUUAAUUACAGAAAUAAAAGAAAUGCAAUUGUGAGUAUAAUCAUUUCGUGUUUAAAAUAUCGUCGGACUUAAUGUUGAUAACAUUCACUGUACUGAUAUGACAGGCUAAGAUACACAUGACGUGUUAAUCUCAGAACAACAAACAAAUAGGCAACGUUAUUGCAGAAUAAAUAUGUUGUCAUUUGACUUUCAAAAGAAAAUCCUGAAUGUGUUAAUAGGAUGUGUUUAUACUUAACAAAAGUGGGGGAUUUUCCCAAUCAUUUAAUAUGUUUUUAAUGCAACCCCCCCCCCCCCCCAAAAAAAAAAAAAAAAAAAGCACAAAAAAACACCGUACGCUACUAUUUCAAUAGGCUCGUGUCCUAUUGCUAUCAAUAGAUAUAGUCAAUUGCUUACGUAACGCAUAAGAAUCGUCACCAUUUUAAAUGUAAAGCAGAAAACAUUUAUAUUAUUUGUAACAUUUAUAACCAGCAAUAUUAACUCAAUCAAGCCAGAUGCUUUUGAAUCAUAAUUUAUAGAAUGUAUGUUAAAAACACGAUUCGGUUAAAUUAAAGGCACAUAUCAUUUACAAAAAGUGUACUGAAACUUACUAUAUUAAUAUUUUUAAUUGAUGUUUUGAUUUCUGUAUAUUGUUUAUAGUGUCACAAUAAAGAUGAAUUGAGAUUUACGUUUGAUUAAUAUUUUAUAUUAAAACUAUAUUUUAUCGCCCUUGAGGCUCACCGAAUUUCGUGAUUAUAUAACAUCUUUAUUUGACCUGUUUAACGUUUUAAGUCUUAUCUAACAUUCCAUUCAAACUGUUUAGACAACAGUAAUUUGCAAUCGAGUUUUUCCCGAUUUGCUUGUUGAAUUUGUCUCAAUUAACACGUCAUUAUAUUCGGCGCAUCAUUACAUUGUAUUGGUUUUUAAUUUAACACAAUUUGCACACAACUUACACAUAUAUUAGGCAUAUGCAUAAACACACACACACACACACACACACACACACUUUUCUUGAUAUAUAUAAGUGUCCACACCCACACUUUUUGGCACCUUCCCAAUGCCACUGACUCAAGAAGAGAUAGCUUGUAGGACUUUGCAAUAACAAAAAAUAAGUGCAACGUUCGAAAUGAAUUAAUACGAUAAUUAUUGUUAUAUUUAACUUCACGAUAAAAUACACAUGACAUUUAUUAACAUUAAAUACAACUUAACACAAUCAAGUGAAGUACUAAUAAUAAACAAACGUAUAUAUAUAUAUAUAUAUAUAUGUAUAUGUGUGUGUGUGUGUGUGUGUGUGUGUGAUAGCAAUGUGUUAACUAAUAUGAAAUUAUUAAAUGUUCAACAAACUGACGUCACACAAGAAAUGUUUUUUCAGGAGGUUGUUUUUCGCGUACUAAAAGCAGUUCUUACGAUAUACUCAUGAAUAUUUUGUGAAGUUUUGUUUGUAUUAACUUUGUUUUUUCUCAUUAAAGAUGUUGCACUUAA